UUGGUUUGCCAUGCACCAAUAAAUCCACAGAAGCAGAAGACGAAGAAGAAGCAAAAUGGCUAACGAUGCCAACUCCCCGCAAAAGAAUACGGUUGAUUGCCAACCGCCAUUAAAGCACAUACAAGAAGAAGAAAACGAAACCGUAACGACACAUAAAAAAUUAAAGGAGGUAUGUCGAGUAUGUGAGAAGCCUUUUACUGUUAAAAAAGACAAACAUCAUUUGAUUAUCGGUGCCCAAGAGGUGAAGCCUCCCUAUACUUUGGCUCUGGAGGAGCUCACUGGACUUGUCGUUGAAACCACAGACGACCUAAUAGCUGUAUGUGGAGCUUGCAGAAAUUUAUUAAACCGAUACCACAGAAGCUCAUGUGAAGCAGAACGGAUCGGUACAUUGGUUAAGUCAAUGUCAGUGGCGCAUACCAAAACAACUCCGACUGGUGCCCGAGCCAGAAAACGGAAAUCAACUCCGACUGAUGGCCGUGUGGGAAAACGGAUCCGCAUCGAGAGGCUUGUGAGACGUCUGGGCUUUCCCAAGUCUUCUGGCUGUAGUCCAAAGCCUGAGCCUCAGUCCCAGCCUCUACCUCAGCCAACGGCCUUGUCGUCUGAUGAAGGAGCAGUGAGGAAGACUCUUGUCACCAUGGCCCCAGCAGUACUGCAUUCACAGCCAGUUCUGUUUGCUGUCUGUAAUCUGAAACCUGGGCCACAGCUUCAGUCACAGCAGCAGCUUCAGUCACAGCUUCAGCCACAGCAACAGCUUCCGUUACAGCCACAGCUUCAGAGACGGCCUCAGCCACAGCUUCAGAGACGGCCACAGCUUCAGUCACAGCCACAGCCACAGCUUCAGUCCCGGCCUCUACCUCAGCUUCAGUCCCGGCCUCUACCUAAGCCAAAUAGCCUGUCAUCUGAUGACAGCGCAGCGAGGAAGACUCUAGUCAUCACACCCCCAGCACUGCAUUCACAGCUGGCUCUGGCAGCUGUGAGCCAGACAGCAAAAAAUCCAGCUGUUGAGAUAAGUUAUAGCUGGCCCCAGCCUCAAUCCCAGCUCCACCCAGAGUCCCAGCAUGCACCUCAGCCAACUGUUGAGGCUUCCAAUGAUGACGCAGUGAAGAAGAAACCUGCAACUACAGUUCCAGUAGUUUGGUCUGCAGAUUCAGUUAAAGCAGCUGUGAGCCAGACAGCAAGAAAUCCAGCUAUUGAGACAAGCUGUAGCAAGCCACAACCCCAAUUCCAGCAUGCAUCGAGCAUCGAGUCCCAGCAUGCAACUCAGCCAACUGUUCAGGCUUCUAGUAAUGAAGCCAUAAAGAAGAAACCUGCAACUACAGUUCCAGUAGUUUGGUCUGCAGAUUCAGUUAAGGCAGCUGUGAGCCAGACAGCAAUAAAUCCAGCUGUGGAUACAAGCUGUAGAAGGCCACACCCCCAAUCCCAGCUCCACUUGGAGUCCCAGCAUGCACCUCAGCCAACUGUUCAGACUUCUAAUAAUGAAGCAGUGAAAAAGAAACCUGCAACUACAGUUCCAGUAGUUUGGUCUGCAGAUUCAGUUAAGGCAGCUGUGAGCCAGACAGCAAGAAAUCCAGCUGUGGACACAAGCUGUAGCAGGCCACAGCCCCAAUCCCAGCUCAAUUCGGAGUCCCAGCAUGCACCUCAGCCAACUGUUCAGACUUCUGAUGAUGAAGCAGUGGGCAAGAAACCUGCAACUACCGUUCCAGUAGUUUGGUCUGCAGAUUCAGUUAAGUCUGCCAUCUGUAGUCUGAAACCUGGGUCUCAGUCCCAGCCUCUACCUCAGCCAACAGCCCUGUCGUCUGAUGAAGGAGCAGUGAGGAAGACUCUUGUCACCAUG